AUGGAUCCUGGCAGCAAGUACCAGCCAUACACCCCAGUACAUCUGCCUGACAGGCAAUGGCCAAGUAAGAUUCAGCGUACAGCGCCUAUUUGGACGUCUGUGGAUCUGCGCGAUGGUAACCAGGCCUUGGCUAGCCCCAUGAACGAAGAGCAAAAGAUCAUCUUCUUCAAGACCCUGGUCAAAUGUGGUUUUAAGGAAAUCGAAGUGGCAUUUCCCUCGGCCAGUGAUACAGACUUUGGCUUUGUGCGCCGUAUUAUAGAGGAUGGUCUGAUUCCUGAUGACGUAUACAUCCAGGUUCUUUCGCCAGCGCGAGAAGAACUCAUCCGCCGCACAUUUGAGGCCGUCAAGGGUGCCAAGAAUGUUGUUUUUCACAUGUACAAUGCAGCGUCUCCCCUUUUCCGUGAAGUGGUAUUCAACAACGACCAGGCACGCACCGUUGACCUUGCUGUGCGACACACAAAGCUUGUGCGCGAGCUAAUGGAGCACUAUUCCAAGCCUGAGAAUGGAGGCACAAAUUUCCGCUACGAGUACUCGCCAGAGACCUUCUCGCAGACAGAGCCUGACUUUGCGAUCCAGCUUUGUGACGCUGUGCGCGAGGCCUGGGGUCUCGCAUCGCCCGGAAAUAAGAUUAUCUUUAACCUCCCCAACACAGUUGAAAUGAGCCCACCAAACCACUAUGCCGACCUGAUUGAGUAUUUCUGCCGGAACAUCAAGCACCGCGACAGUGUGAUAGUAUCGCUUCACCCGCACAAUGAUCGUGGUUGUGGUGUUGCCGCGGCAGAACUUGGUAUGCUGGCUGGCGCUGAGCGCGUCGAAGGCUGCUUGUUUGGCAACGGUGAGCGCACCGGUAAUGUCGAUCUUGUCACACUGGCCCUGAACUUGUUCACGCAAGGCGUGCAGCCUGGUCCUUUGAUGUUUACAGACCUACCAUCCGUGAUUGAAGUUGUCACCGGUUGCAAUGAUAUCCCUGUGCAUCCUCGCCAUCCAUAUGCAGGUGAGCUCGUGAUGACAGCCUUUAGUGGAUCACACCAGGAUGCCAUCAAGAAAGGUUUCGCCGCGCAGGAGAAGCGAUGGAACGCGGGUGAUAAGCAGUGGCUCAUGCCCUACUUGCCUGUCGACCCGGCUGACUUGGGUCUGACGUAUGAGGCUGUGAUUCGCGUCAACAGCCAGAGUGGCAAGGGCGGUAUCGCCUAUCUGCUGACACAGGCCCUGGGUGUGGAACUGCCGCGUCGCAUGCAGGUUGCAUUUUACCAAGUUAUUCAAGCUGUGGCCGACCAGACGAGCAAGGAGAUUUCGACAGACGACAUCGUACAGGCCUUCAGCAAGCAUUACCAUGUGCCUAUUGCGGGCGUGCCCAAGACUGAUGGUCGGUUCAAGCUGCAUUCUUUCAGGCUGUACGAUGGAGACGAGUCGACUGAAGCAGAGCCAUUGAAUGGUACAUCGACGCCUCGCGUGCGUAAAUUGGUGGGCAAAAUUGUGCACAAUGGCGAGACGGUUGACGUGACGGGUACGGGCAAUGGUCCGAUUUCGGCUUUGAUGGAUGCCAUCGAGAAACAUUUCAACAUCUUUGUGAAUGUGCGUGAAUACAGUGAGCACGCUAUUACGCGCCCUGGUGCCCUGGAUCUCGGCUCAGCAGCUACGUCGUCCCACAGCCAAACACGUGCUCAGGCCGCAUCAUAUGUUGAGCUUGUCAAAUCGGAGGACACGAGGCAGUUCGGCGAGCAGAAAGCCAAGGGCUUCUGGGGCGCCGGUGUGGAUGUCGAUAUCACAUCGGCUGGUCUCAAGGCCGUGCUGAGUGCUCUCUCCACAGUUGACUGA